UACCGGUAUGUCUAGUCUUGCCAGUCUUCUUGGUCAUCACGACAUCAGGUCGUCAUACCGCACUGCUACGGCCGCGGUCACACAUGCACAUUUUUUUACCUCUCUCGAUCUCGUAGAUCUACACACCUCUAUUUUUGUGGAUUUGUUGGUGCGUUCCAGCUCAGUCAAAGCUCCAUUUUGUACUUCUGCAAAUUCACUUACACCUGACUUGGCUCACGCUCCAGUAUCAGGCGUUGUGUUGUCCCUUAGCGAGCUGCUCACAGCUGAGUUGAAGUUUGUUACCCUACCCUAGGAGUAGGAGGUACGUCGCAUCUCAGUACGGUGUCUGAUUCCGGUGCUUUGUGGCUAAACGCACCGGUGCACGCCAGGACGAAAUGGAGCAUUUGGAAUCGCAGCUGCUCGCUGAUCGUCUCAACACUCAUCGCAACAAUUUGCUGAGUGCGCUAAGACUGUCCGUACAAACCAUCGUCGACCAGGCGUGCUUCUCCGUCAUAGACGAUGACUGUGAAGCAUACCAGCAGCUCUGUGUCACCAUGGAACACAUCUUCAUGCUAGGCUAUCGAGGUCCGACACUGUCUGGUUUGAUGUCUAACAACUCCGAGCGGCGGCAGAAGCAUUACUGGUACAUACUUGAGCAUUGUUUGAAGCGAUCAACGGCCCUGCAAACUGUUCGACAAAUGGAUGGUAUCAGGUCACGAAUGGGACGGUGUCGAGCCUGGGUCAUGACCUGCCUGGUACAGAAGUCGUUUGCACGUGACUUUCAAGCCAUCCUAGCGUCUCGGCAUUGUGUGAACGAAUGCUAUGAGGAUUGGUCCAUCAUUCGUCAGGAAUCCUCACUGCAGGUGUGCGGUCUACUUGUCGCCAUCGAAGCUGUAGACUUUAGUGUAUGCCUACGGGGCAAUCCUCGACUGGACUCGGAGGUGACGGCUGCCAUUAACUAUUCCCUGUUCAUGCAUGCCAGGAGAAGCUUUGCAGGGCAACUGUCAGAUGAGGACGAACUGCGACGUUCACGCUACCCCAGCGACUCUCUGACUUCUCCAGAUGAUGAGGAUGAGGUAGACGGACCAGAAGGAAGUUCUGCAGUGGGGUCUUCUCAGACCACUGUACCGCCGGACUUCCGACAUGCUGUACUAGCGACCACCGGGGGCACAACUCUAGCAUCGCACAGUGAAGCUCCGCGGAACAGUGCUCUGACAAUGGAGGGAAGCAAGGAGUUUGUAUCACUCCAACGCCAGCUCACCGACGAACGGAACCAGAGGAAAUACCUAGAGGAUAUCCUAGUCCAGAAGGACGAGGAAAGACGAAGACUCUUACACGAUCUAUCGUCUCUCCAGCAGGAGCUGAAGGAUGCAAACGGCCAAGCAGAGAGCGAACGGGUGCUCAUGCAAAACAUUAUUGUGGAACUGAACGAGAAGCUCUGCACGCAAGAGAGGACGCUGAAUGGGAUUCUGGCGCGCUACAAGGACGCGGAGGACUCACCGGAUGUCGACGUACACGUAUACGAUGCCGCCAGCAUCCUGCGACAUUCCGAGUCGUAUCCCGGCAGCGGUGGUGGACAGAAACAGCACACUGGGCCGGUGAAGAAUGUCAAGUCGCUUCUCUCCCGCAUCGGCAAGUCACUCAAGCCUGACCAGGGCAAGUUGCAGAGACUGAGAAGUGGUGGCGACGCCAUUGCUAUCGGGGUAGAGCCGGACGAGGAACUACUGGACAUGGCGAUCGAAGAAGGUGUAGUUCAGCCUGUCGCUAUGCCAAGUGCGACAGAAGUUGGAACAGCGUCGGCAGCGGCGGAGACUGCAGCGGCGGAGACUGCAGCGGCGGAGACUGCAGCGGCGGAGACUGCAGCGGCGGAGACUGCAGCGGCGGAGACUGCAGCAGUAGUGACAACAGGACAGCAUUCAGCUUCCGACAGUGCACAGGCACAAGUAAACACCGAAUCGACUACAGAGCACAGCCAAACGGUUGCUAUGACUACCGCAUCGCAAGCCCACCACACAGCAGCUGCGGUGGGCGUAGAUCGGCCAUUGCCUUCAACUACAAGUUCAGCACAAAAAAAUCAAGCUGUCAUCGCUGUAAACAACUCUCGGGAUGAGCACGGAGACCACCAGCACGCUCCUGCAGUGAACACAUCUGCUCCAUCCAUGUCACAUAAUUCAUCUGGGUCACAUGAUCCAAGCGUGUCACAUGAUCCAAGCACGUCACAUGAUCCAAACAUGUCACGUGAUGUGCAGAUAGAGAAUGCAGCCAGCGAAAACCAUACGGCGCCUCCACCUGAUGCUCCUGUAGCGGAUUCUCACAACGUACCUACUGCAGACGUACACGAUGAACCCAUUGCGGCGGUGGAGACAACUACUGCUCAAGUCGUCAGCGAGACAACGGAUGACCAGGCACCAGAGGCGUCAGAGCCUUGUAUACCAGGUGAUUCUUCUGUAGCACAUGUUGAACCUGAGGCCAAUACCGAGAGUGAGGAAAUGCAGCAGCAACAUCAGCAGGAUGAACAGCAACAACAUCACCAGCAACACGAGCAGGAAGAACAGAACAGUGAAGACACCAAUGUCAUACAAAGGGCUAUACCUGAACACGGUGAUGGAAGCAGCAGUGAGAGCAGUGAGAGCAGUGAGACAGAUGUGUCCGCUGAGUCUGCGAAAGCGGAAUCCGAACGCAGCCAAAAAGACAGCAGCGCAAACAGUUAAGUUUAGUUUUGCGUUCCUGGCUCCCAGAGAUGAUUCUCUGAUCUUGAUGAUUUGUAAGUAAGCAGCAUGAGUGAAGCAUGUGUACUUGAUGCCGAAGUCACAGCUGUGAUAUCCCUACACAUUAAUUCAUCAUUUGGGAUAUGUUGUGUGGGGUGGCGUCAAAAGCAAGGGCAUGGCACUGCCCACAAAGCGUAUGUGAUCCGCAGCGUAACCACUAUAUGCUUGGUGGAGUACAUGAUGCGUCUGGUGUACUAGUACAGUAGAUCAUGCCGAACAGCAACGCCAUGCUGCCGCUUGCCGCACAGCAACGCCAUGCUGCCGCUUGCCGAACAGCAAUGCCCUGCUGCCGCUUGCCGAACAGCAAUGCCCUGCUGCCGCUUGCCGAACAGCAAUGCCCUGCUGCCGCUUGCCGCACAGCAAUGCCCUGCUGCCGCUUGCCGAACAGCAAUGCCCUGCUGCCGCUUGCCGCACAGCAAUGCCAUGCUGCCGCUUGCCGCACAGCAAUGCCCUGCUGCCGUUUGCCGAACAGCAAUGCCCUGCUGCCGCUUGCCAUGCCCUGCUGCCGCUUGCCGAACAGCAGUGCCCUGCUGCCGCUUGCCGAACAGCAAUGCAAUGCUGCCGCUUGCUAUGCCCUGCUGCCGCUUGCCGAACAGCAGCAACAGCAAGCGGUCUAGGCGGUCUUGAUGCUAUUCGAGCAAAUGCUUGACUGACGUGAAGUUCUGUACCACGCAGUGCACACUACAACGCACACAAUGGUCAUGUUGCUGGAUUGUCGUGGAGAGUUGAUACUGAGCAGCUCCAACAGUGAUCCCGUGUCUUCAUAAUGAUACUGUCAACAUGCUGUCAUGCUAUGUGACCAUCGCGGCAAUGAGUAUGAAACCCAGAGUUGCAAUACAACUAGCCUUGCUGCUGCACUGUUGUACUGGGUACAACAUGCUGCCUUCACAUCAUGCUGCCUUCACAGCAUGAUGUGAACACUCUCAACACACCGGAUGCAUCCUUCUGAUAUUCUGUACAUGUAUGAUAUUCUUAUUUUCAAGUCUUAGUAGUCCUAUUGUGAACAUGUAAACGUGGUAGUAUAGCAGAUUUUAGUAUCAUUAAAGGGGAAGUUAAGGCAAAAAUUAAAAUUUCA